AUGUCGGACGAGGACAAGAUGACUCCCAGCAAAUCGGCAGCUGGCCCUAAUAGUCCUAAACCGGAGUCGCCGACUACUGCGCGUCCCUUGGAUUUCGAUGAUGAACCUCAAGAGACCGGUAUUACCACUGCCCCUCCCCAACAAACUGGUACAGAAGCUGCCCCGCCAAAGCCACCCCGUCCAGUGAGCCCGCGGCAACAGGCAGAGAACACCCUCAAAGAAGCCUUUCCCACCAUCGAAGCAUCCGUCGUCAGGGCAGUUUUAGUGGCCAGCAACUGGGAUGUCGAACGGGCUUUUCAUGCUCUCCUUGGCAUGACCGACCCCCACGCUCAGCAGGAAGAAAUAGCGCCUCCAAAGCCUCCUCGUCCGUCUGCGACGCAGAGGCAAUUGGAAGCGGAUGAGUUGUAUGCCCGUCAACUAGCCGAGCAUUACAAUCGUCGUGCACCGCAAACCCGCUGGGAUGAAUCUCGACAAGACCGGGCUAGAAGAGGAAGCGAUCAGUCGGAGGAGCGGGAAUACAGUUUUUUUGACGAUGAUCUUCCUGUAAUCCGCGAGAACAUUCGCAAGGGCUUCCUGGAGACUCAGUCCAAAGUGAACUCUUGGGUCCAGAAUCUCAAAAAGCGACUUGACGGUGAAGACGUCGAUGAGGGUCCAUCCAACCAGCGCUAUGGUGAAGGCCAAGGUUACAGUCGGCCAAGAAGGAGUGGCGAUAUGGGUCGUCGCAGCGGUGACCGCGAACGUUACGAUGCUGACCCUCAGUUAUUGAGCGACGAUUUCUCUGCGCUGGAACUGAGAGACUCUGAAGGUCUGCCCAGUCGCGUGAACCCUACUCUUUCUGCGACGAUUUCUAAUUUUACUGCAGCACCUCCACCCCAACCACCAAGGAGACCACUUGCCAACCCAAAUUUGUACAAAUCAGCUUCUCCCUCACCUGACAGACGUAAGGUAUCUUUUCAAGAGGGUCCGCCAUCCGAGAUCGGCAAUCAUUAUGAUACUUCCGACCCGGCCAAACGCACAUCCACGGGAGGCAAGUCGAGCAAAUGGCAGCCGCUGGCCACAGUGGAGCCAUCGCCUGUCGCAGAAAAUGAUCCGUUCAGCCUCGGAGACAGCGAAGAUGAGAGAGAUACUAAGGCCAAAGAGCAGAGUAAUGUUGACGAAGCUGAUCGUGUCAAGAAGGCUACAGCAGAGGCGAUGGCCGGUGAGCUUGGUUCUACAAAGGAUGACAAACAGACACAGGCCGCUGGAAAGUCAUAG